CUCUCUAUCAUACCAUUUUCUCUCUCCCUAGCUAACUAGCUUUGCCUCCUUCUUCUCUCUCUUUCACACACAGUUUUUUAGCAAGCUAGGAAUUAAUUAAGCUAGUUAGUAAAAUGAGUAUUGAGAUUGUACAAGAGCACCCUAGUGUUGAACUUUCAAGAAUUGCAAUUUCUGAAACUCAUGGAGAAAAUUCUCCUUACUUUGCUGGAUGGAAAGCCUAUGAUGAAGACCCUUAUCAUGAAUUAACCAAUCCAUCUGGAGUUAUGCAAAUGGGCUUGGCUGAAAAUCAAGUGUCAUUUGAUUUGCUUGAAAAGUACUUGGAAGAAAACUCAGAGACAUCAUCAUGGGGAAAAGGAGGUAGUAGUUUUAGAGAAAAUGCAUUAUUUCAAGACUAUCAUGGAUUAAAAUCAUUCAGAAAAGCAAUGGCAAGUUUCAUGGAAAAAAUAAGAGGAGAGAGAGCAAAAUUUGAUCCUGAUAGAAUAGUACUCACUGCUGGUGCUACUGCUGCUAAUGAACUCUUAACAUUCAUCCUUGCAAAUCCAGGAGAUGCUUUACUUGUUCCAACUCCAUACUAUCCAGGAUUUGAUAGAGAUUUAAGAUGGAGAACAGGAGUAAACAUAGUUCCAAUCCAUUGUGACAGCUCAAACAAUUUUCAAAUAACAGUUGAAGCAUUAGAAUCUGCAUACAGAAAUGCAGAAUCAAUGAACACAAAAGUAAAAGCAAUACUAAUAACAAAUCCAUCAAAUCCAUUAGGCAUAACAAUUCAAACUUCAGUCCUCGAAUCGAUACUAGACUUCGCGACUCGCAAGAACAUACACCUAAUAUCAGAUGAAAUCUACUCAGGAUCAGUUUUCUCAUGUGAUGAAUUCACAAGCAUAGCAACUGUACUCGAAUCUCGGCGUUACAAAGACGCCGAGCGAGUUCACAUUGUUUAUAGUCUUUCAAAAGAUCUUGGACUACCUGGUUUUCGAGUUGGAACAAUUUAUUCAUACAAUGAUAAAGUUGUUACAACAGCUAGAAGAAUGUCAAGUUUCACAUUAAUUUCAUCACAAACACAACAACUUUUAGCAUCAAUGUUAUCAGAUGAAAAAUUCACUGAUAAUUAUAUCAAAAUAAACAGAGAAAGACUUAGAAAAAGAUAUGAAAUGAUAAUUGAAGGUUUGAAAAAUGUUGGAAUUGAAUGUUUGAAGGGUAAUGCCGGAUUAUUUUGUUGGAUGAAUUUAAGUCCUAUGAUGGAAAAUCAAACAAAAGAAGGUGAAUUAAAAAUAUGGAAUUCAAUUUUACAUGAAGUGAAGCUUAAUAUUUCACCUGGGUGUUCUUGUCAUUGUUCAGAACCAGGUUGGUUUAGAGUUUGUUUUGCAAAUAUGACUCAACAAACUUUGGAAAUUGCACUCAAAAGAAUAUGUGAUUUCAUGAAUAAUAAGGACAGAAAGGAUAUACAAAGUUAAUUUAUUUUGUAAUACUUUUAUUUUAUUUUAUUUUAUUUUUAUUUUUAUUUUUUCAAAUGGUUGUGACCAUUUUGAUAAAUUCUUUUUAUUCAUGUAUGAUAUCAUCAUGAAAUUAAGCAGAUAAUUAUGUAAAGAUGAAUAUUCAAUUCAAAUGUAUCAAUCCUUGUUUGCUUGCUUAAUUACUUAAGCAAGUUCUUUAGAAAUUUAA